AUGCAGGCAGGCUGCCAUGAGGCGGAGGCAUUAAUUAAUUCUCGCCGCGUUUUUCACAUCGUUCCUUCUCUUUCUUUCUUCUGGGAGGUGGGUGCAGUUGGGACCAGGAUGUGUGGCCGAAAUGGCGACAGAAAUGGCGACAGGAAAGAGCAAAUGAGAAAGAGGAAACUGAAGAGAGCGCGGGUUGCGCAAGAGAACAUGGAUGGAAAGAGCGACCGGAAAAGAGGAAAAAGCUUGGGAAAGAGCCUUUCAUCCCCUGUCGCGCAAGAAAAACGCCACUGCGGUGCCACCACAGCAAAGGGCCUGUGGACCACCGCCUUGGGGUGA